AACAAAAGGGCUUUAUUUCCCAAAAUCCCUCAGUCUAUGGCUGGGAGGCUCGAGCGUGCACAGGCCAGAGGUCCAGCUAGGAGGUGCUCGAUGGGCUGGGGCCAAGUUCGUCCACAGGACACUCUCUGCACUGCGGCUGUCCCUCAGAGUCCCUGUGGCCUUCCUGGCCCUUCUCCUGUGGCGGUGUCUCUCCCACUAGUGGUCAGUUAAAUUCCUCCAGCCCAGGCCCACUGCCCCAUCAGCCCCAAAUCCCAGGCAGGCAGGAAGGAUAGGAAUGACCACAUUCUCUAGUUGCCCCGAAGAGGGGGUAAAACCGCACACCCCGUGGUGCCUGGGCACGCGUGUAGGUGCCCAGUGAAGCCCCAGCCCCCCUCCCUGCUGCCCAGAGACAAGCCCUCCCCCGCCAGCCAAGCUGCCCCCACCCCCAGCUCCCAGAAUAGUCUGUGGCCAGGGCUGGCCUGUGGUAAACAGCCCAGGAGCCUUCCUGGUGGGUCUCUGAUGAGUAAUUCUUAGGAAAACACAGCAAGGGUGUGGGGGUGUGGGCGCUGGAACCUGAGCUGGUGGGCAGGUCCCUCUGGGCCCCCUUCGUCCGCACCAGGCUGGACCCAGCUGGCCAGGCCGUGGAGGGGCAGCAGUAGGGGAGGCGGGCUGGGUGUCCCAGAAGGAGGAUGCCUGCUGGCUUCAGGCUCCUCCCCCUCUCCACCCCGGAAAGGAAGGGGUCCUGGGCCCUCCUGGAAUGUCCCAGUCAUCAGGGCAGCUGACGCCCCACCCCGCGGCUCCUGGGGCACUGCCGCCCUCUGACCCCAUCACGCACACCCGUCCCCGGCCCUAUCACCACCCAAGCCUCUUCCCCAGCCUGUCCCAGUCGUUGUCUGGGCGCCACCUCACAGGUGACAGUGGAUUAAACUCCAGUGUUGAUCUCACACCCCUCACGCGACAUCUGCAAGCGUGCUCACCUCCCUUCCGCACACAGGCAGCCGCGUCUCUGCUCUCUCUUCUCCAGUCACCACCAGCUGCCCGUAUGGCUUGAAAAGACUAACUGGUGGCUCCUCCCCCCCACCAAUCCUGGGCCAGACCAGCUGGGGGUUCCACACCCCCCCCGGGGGGGAGGUUCCCACGAGAAGCUCACCUCCCCUGAGGACACCGCUCUCACCAGGACUCAAGGAGCACCAGUGGGUGGGCCCCCCCAAGACUUCUCAGUGGGCGCCCCCCAUCCCCACAGACGUCCCAGGGGGUGGGGGGCCCAGGCAGAUUUCUCAGCAGCCCCAAACGGGUCAGGGGCUGGUGGCAUCUCCCCUGGUCUGUCUCCAGGGACCUCACCCCUCUCUGCCUGGGAUGCUCCUCCUUUCAGUGCACCGGGACACCCCUCCCGUCCCCCCACCCGUGUUUUCUGGCCCAGUCCCAGCAGCGAGAGGCACCCACCUCUGCAGCCCAAACACCCCCCCCCUUUUUUUUGGUCUUUUUGCCUUUUCUAGGGCCGCUCCGGCGGCAUAUGGAGGUUCUCAGGCUAGGGGUCCAAUUGGAGCUGUAGCCAUCGGCCUAUACCAGAGCCACAGCAACAAGGGAUCCGAGCCAUGUCUUCGACCUACACCACAGCUCGAGGAAAUGCCUGAUCCUUAACCCACUGAACGAGGCCAGAGAUCGAACCCGCCACCUCACGGUUCCUAGUCAGAUUCGUUAACCACUGCAACACGAUGGGAACUCCCCUCCUCCCAUUCUUGCAGGGCAACCGCUGAGGCUCAAGUGGGGCCUUGGGAGGGUUUCAUCUGGGAAGUGGAGGGGUGGGGCGUUGCGAUGGAGACAGUGGCUCCCCCCAACCCUGAAUCCUCAGCAAACCCAUGGCUCAGCAUCAGGGCGCCCCAGUCAGUCCUAGCCUGCCCCGGGCACCCCUGACUCUUGCUCCCGUUCCCACAAAGCUCCUCAGAAAGUUGUUUCCCUUUGUCUCCAGCUCUGCUCCGAGCAGGACUCCUCUGCCGUUUUCACCGCCACUGCUCAGGUCAGUGCAGGUAAGACCACCCGUGACCUCCGUGUGGCCACAUCUGGGGCCAGCGGUCAGCCUCCCAUUCCCCCUUGGGCAGCCUCGGACAGCGGGCUAGUGCCCCUCUGCAGUACCUUUAUUUUUCUAUGAAAUUCCUGACCUAGUUUGCAUUGGCUCAUUGGAGCUCCAGCCUUUGGGAGGAAAAAGCCCCCAGAACUACCCCUGUCUCCAGUGAGGCUGCCUUUAACCUCCUGGGGCCCUUCCUGGAGCAGCCCGGGAUAGUGGCUUGUGGUCUCUUCUUUGACACAAGCCCUGCACCCGCCCAGGACGUGCGUGUGGACGAGGCACUGAGCUUAGCAGAGCACGUGAGUUUUAGGGGAGACAGACCAUCCAUGAGGACAGAAGACGGUAUGGCAUCUUCACGGGACAACGGGUGCCCCUGGGAAGAGACUGGAGUGUCGUCGGGGCAGUGAGGAAGAGGGUGAGGGCUGAAUGCGACGAGGCUGGUGAGACAGGCUUUCCCAAGGCGGUAGCUGAGAUAAAGCAGGGACUGUACACCUGGGCCAUCCAGUAUAGACAGAGUCCAGAUAAUACGUUUCCACGAGAAUUGGAGGGGGGGUGAGCCUAAAGGCACAGGGAGCCCCAGGGAGACCCCACCCCUGAUGUCCAUGGUUCACCCGAACACUGACCAUGGGAACCUGGGCAGUGGGGUGGAGACUGGCGCCUACAGAGCCCCAAGGCCAAGGAAGACACUGUGGGGACCACAGACCUAGGCUCUUUCCCGCCUUGCCCUCCCCCGCACAGGGCGUGUUUUUCAAGCUCCAUCUCAGUCUGGACGUCAAUCUCCUUAGCUUCUCACGAACCCUGUCCAAAGUUAUCUCUUUCUGCGCAUAAAUGGUGCUGUCAGUGUGAGAGGGAGGGAGGAGCUACGUCUCCAGGGGGUGAAACUGACCCCAAAUGCUCCAUCUCCAGGCAAAGCCACCUUCACCCUCUGGUCCCCACCCUCACCCCCCAACACAGCCUCCAGGUCCAGCACCGGUAGGGUCCAGCCCUUCCCUUACUUCAAAUGGCCUCAGAAACAUCCGUCCCUGGCUAGCGGGGCUGGGACUCCCCUCCCUCUCUCCAAGGAUCUAAUAGGCGCCUACUGAAUAUCGGACUCUGAGAGUCAAAGGUCUUGGGGAAAACCGACCUUGCAUUCACACCAGGGAAAUGCGCAGUCCUGAGAGGGCAGAACAGAGAGCCGAUGGAAGAGUAGAGGUCCCCCCCGGGGGCCCCCCAGUCCUGCCAGACAGGCUUCGUCCUCUGCUUUGGAAACCUGCAGCCUCUGGAGGGCAGAGGGGAGGGAGUCUGCCACCGGGCGGUGGGUGUUUUGGGGAGGUAUUCCUUGGGCAGGUUCCCUUACCUUUAGGCUAAAAGUCGCAUUAACGGUCCCUAGCAUUCCUGGGAGCUGGGCCUCCAGAAGCUGUGUGGGCCCAGAAGUACCUUGCCUCUGGGUGCGGGUGGCCGAUUUGGAGCCUCUGGUGAGGCCAAAGGACACACACACACACACAGACACACACACACACACACACACUGUCCGGCCCAAAGUGAGGGAGGCGCCGCCUGCCAACACCCAGGGCACCUCUCGAUGCCAAGCAAAUUCUAGCUCGCGGCGCCGGCGCUGCCAGAGUUAAGGCGCAGGCGUGGUCCCCUUGAGGUGGGGUGGGGCCCCAGCGUGCAAAAGCCUCGCCGUGGCUCUGGCGUCCCCUCCAGGUUUGGGUCCAGCACCCGGCUCCUGUCGUUGUCUGCAGCGGCGGCGGACCCCACGCCCCCUCCUCCUCCCCCUCGCAGGCUGCCGGGAGCGCGGGGACGCGGCCGAGGCGGGGGCGGGGGGCAUAAGGUCGCCGCCCGGCGGGGAACUCAGCCGGCGGCGCAGACGCCCAGCUGCUCCGGGGAGGGACUUGGCCUGGGUUCUGGUCCUCGGCUCAUCGGGGAGGAGCCGAGAGGCUGCUGCUGGUACGGCCGGCCCCGCGCGGGCGGAGGUCCUGGGCGCGGCGGCGGCGGCCUGGCCCGGGGCCGGGGGCAGUGGGGGCGCAUCUCGGUAGAGCCCGCAGCGCCGCAGCCCUCCUCUCCGGCUGCAGGAGCCUGGUGCGCGGGAUCCGCGCCCUCCGCCUUCCUCGUCUUUUCUCGGCGAACCGCGGGAAGAAGGCGCCCUCUCCUUAGCGGGCCCGGAGCUGCAGAGGCAUCGCGGGGCUUGGCUGAGGGGAGGAGAAAAGAGAGGGAGCGGAGUAGGCCCGGGCUCGCGGGGUUGCGGCUCCGCCAAUCUGCGGGCGCUGACGCUGGGGGCGGCUCCGCGGCGCUCGGAUAUCUGGCAGACCCGGGCGCGGGGAGGCUAGAGGUUCGGCUGUGCGGGCACUGCGCUCCGGGGACGGCCGCUGCACCUGCCCGAAGACUUGGCCGUCUGCUCCCAGCGCCCCCCACCCCGGCCCCCGCCGCCCGCCGCCGCUCUCGCCCCCUCCUCCGUCCCAGCGGCCCUGCGCCCUCGUUCCCCUCCAGAUCCCCGCCUCCUGGCCGCCGCGUGAGAGAGCCGAGCCUGCCGAAGGAGCCGCCCCUUCUCCGCCCGGCCGGCCGGGCCCGCGGAGCAGCAAAGGAGACUGCCCUCAGUCUCGGAUCCGAUUGCGCCGCGCCGCGCCGCGCGGUCGCCGCCACCCCACCGCCAGGCGGCCGGGCUCUGGCAGGGAUGGGCCGCGGCGUCCGGCCCCUGCGCGCCUGAUGAGCGCAGCCCCGGUCCGGGAGACCCGAGCGUGCGCGGGGCCUGACCUGGCUGCGCCCCCAACUCCGCGGACGAGGGCCGCUGGGCUCGGCCCGCUGAGGGCGCGGCUGCUCCGGAGAGGCGGGAAGGAACGGUCCCGAGAUGGCCCGGCGAGCAGGCGCUUUGGCAGUGGGUGCCCUACGCGUGGUACAGGCACCGGCACAUUCCCGGGUCUGGUAACUGGUCGACGCCAGAUGGACCUUGACCCGCGCCGGGGCACCGCGUUCCUGCCAAGCCAAGACUAGAGGGGCACGGUUGGAGAGCGCUGGGGGGAGGUGCCCAGAGUGUCAGGCCACGCUCGCCAGCGGGGCCAUGAAGAUGAUCCUGGUGCGCAGGUUCCGUGUGCUCAUUCUGAUGGCAUUCCUGGUGGCUUGCGCGCUGCACAUCGUGCUGGACCUGCUGCCCAAGCUAGAGCGGCGCUCCGCGCGGCCCUCGGGGGAACCCGGCUGUUCGUGCGCGCAGCCUGCGGCCGAAGCGGCGGCUCCCGGCUGGGCCAAGGCGCGCGGCCGCCCCGCGGAGCCCCCGGCCGCAGCCUCUGCCGCUGCCGACGCGGGAUGGCCCAACAAGCACACGCUGCGUAUCCUGCAGGACUUCAGCUCUGACCCUUCCUCCAACCUCACGUCCCACUCGCUUGAGAAACUGCCACCCGCAGCGGAACAGGCGGAGGGCGCCGUGCCGGGGCAGGAUCCUGGCGCCCCGCGACCCCGCCACCCAGCUCACCGGCCCUUGCUCCGAGAUCCCGGCCCGCGUCCGCCGGCGCCACCCCCCGGGCCGAGUGGGGACGGCUCCCUCUUGGCCAGGCUGUUCCAACACCCAUUGUACCAGGUCCCCAUUCCGCCCCUAACGGAGGACGAUGUCCUCUUCAACGUGAACAGCGACAUCAGGUUCAACCCCAAGGCGGCAGCAGCGGAGAACCCGGACUGGCCACACGAAGGUCCUGAGGACGACUUCCUGCCCACGGGGGAGGCGGCUGCGGACUCCUAUCCCAACUGGCUCAAAUUCCACAUCGGUAUCAACCGGUACGAGUUGUACUCGAGACACAACCCAGCGGUGGAGGCCCUGCUGCGUGACCUCGGCGCCCAGAAGAUCACCAGUGUCGCCAUGAAGUCGGGGGGCACACAGCUCAAGCUCAUCAUGACGUUCCAGAACUACGGGCAAGCCCUCUUCAAGCCCAUGAAGCAAACGAGGGAGCAGGAGACCCCGCCUGACUUCUUCUAUUUCUCCGACUACGAGCGGCACAAUGCGGAGAUCGCUGCCUUCCACCUGGACAGGAUCCUGGACUUCCGCCGGGUCCCUCCUGUGGCCGGCAGGAUGGUCAACAUGACCAAAGAAAUCCGGGACGUCACUCGGGACAAGAAGCUGUGGAGAACCUUCUUCAUUUCCCCAGCCAACAACAUCUGCUUCUACGGGGAGUGCUCCUACUACUGCUCCACGGAGCACGCCCUGUGCGGGAAGCCGGACCAGAUCGAGGGCUCGCUGGCGGCCUUCCUGCCGGACUUGUCUCUGGCCAAGAGGAAGACCUGGCGGAACCCCUGGCGACGCUCAUACCACAAGCGCAAGAAGGCGGAGUGGGAGGUGGACCCCGACUACUGCGAGGAGGUGAAGCAGACGCCCCCCUACGACAGCAGCCACCGCAUCCUGGACGUCAUGGACAUGACCAUCUUCGACUUCCUCAUGGGGAACAUGGACCGCCAUCACUACGAGACGUUCGAGAAGUUUGGGAACGAAACGGUCAUCAUCCACUUGGACAACGGGAGAGGGUUUGGAAAAUACUCCCACGACGAGCUUUCCAUCCUGGUGCCUCUACAGCAGUGCUGCAGGAUCAGGAAGUCCACGUACCUGCGGCUGCAGCUCCUGGCCAAGGAGGAGUACAAGCUGAGCCUGCUGAUGGCCGAGUCCCUGCGCACGGACCGCGUGGCCCCCGUGCUGUACCAGCCACACCUGGAGGCACUGGACCGGCGGCUGCGUGUGGUGCUACAGGCGGUCAGAGACUGCGUGGAGAGGGACGGGCUGCCCAGCGUCGUGGAGGAUGACAUGGGCCCCGAGCGCAGAGCCUCCACCGGGAGGUAGUGACCGCGAGCCGCGGCCAGGCCAGCCACUGAGGGACACGGGCGCACGCAGGAGCAGACGGGCCGCCCGGGCCUCGCUUUCUUCGCUUUCCAGACCACGCGGGCUGGGGGAGCGGCCUGCGCCCACGGACAGAGGCGGCCUGGCUGCAGGCCACCCACCCUUUUGUACGGAAAGGAAGCCUUUCUUUACUAUUUUGUAUUUAUACCUGGUGUAAAUGUAUAAACGUAGAGACGGCUCUAUGGCCCCGGACCACCUGGCAGACCCCAUGCAGGCGCACCCUGCCCGCGGCCAUGUGCUCCUGCGAAGGGCUCUCACUCUGACCGAACUUAUGGCAAAACUCCCCCUUCCCCGGGCCGAGAGUCACCUGGGGCUGCGGGAGACUCCCGAGGACGUGUCGCAGAUUCUCGGCGAUGGACGAAUACCGCAUAGGCCUCAGGUGAUCGAAGGACCAGUCAUUCCCUGGCUGCUCAGCCUCCUCGCGGCCCCUUCUGACUCACUUCAGAAGCCCGUGCGCGUGAGAGGCACUGUCUGGUGGCCGGGCAGCUGGUUACCUUCACAGCGUUUCCGUGGAGUAGUUUGCAAUGUGUACAAGUGCAAUAAAGAUUCAGCAAGUGUG